AAAAUGGACAGUCGGUGUUGCUGCCGCGGACGGUCAGUGUUGACAAGCUGAAGAGCGACUCGUGUCUCAGCGGCGCCUCUCUGUAGAAGUCGGACCACAGCGUCGAGGAGCCGGAUCGGAACCUUUGGUCUUCUGCCGGAACAUGGAAGCUUUAUUGGACACCUGUGGACGGCGAGGAGUCAAACCGCUGCUCUUACUGUAUCUGCUGGUCGUGCAGGCAGCAGCCGACUGUCCUAAACCUCAGGGAAGAGAAAAUAUUGUCUUAACCAAUGAAGCACUCCUAAUGAAUGAUUUCCCAGAGAGCUCUGAGGCUACUUUAGAGUGUGCCAACGGAUACGUUCGAGAGAGUGGCUCUGGGAUUAUAACCUGCAUCGAUAAGAAGUGGACUGAACCUGAUCUCACUUGCAAAAAAAAGGACUGCGGUCCCCCUAAACCUCAGGAAAACAUGAGCUUUAAUACCAGCGCAGGUACCUUGUUUGGUGCUGUAAUAAGAGUCAUUUGUGAUAAAGGUUACCGGAUUAGUGGCUCGAGCUACAAACAGUGCUUUGCUGCAGGGUGGAGUGGAAGAGCCAAGUGUAACAUUGUAACAUGCGCGACACCUCCUGAAGUGACCAAUGGCAAAAGCUCGUGGGACACCCAAGAUCACCCAAAAUAUGGAGAAAUCGUACAAUACACCUGCGAUGAAGGAUACACUCUCACUGGGAAUGAUAGCAUUGUGUGCAGGGAAACUGGUAAAUACGAUUCUCAGCCGCCAGAAUGCAACGGUGUGACAGCAGAAGAUAGAAUUACAACAGCCUCUUCAGUACAAGAAUCAUCCACUGCUGCAGAUUCACCAGCCGCAUCAACAGCUUUCACAACCAGCGCAACACCAAGUGUCUCACCUUCAGUUCGAGAAGGUGCCAGAGACAUUUUGGCAGCCGGGGAUACGACAACCAGUGUAACGUCCAAUACAUCAUCUUCAUUGCAAGGAAAGCAUGAUGAACCUGAAGAAAGUGGUGUCGGAUAUAAACCUGUGAUCAUCAGUGUGAUAGUCGUUUUACUAGUUGUAUGUAUAGUUGUGUUCUUUAUACACAAGUUUCUACUGAGGAGAAAAGGCUCAUAUGACACCAGAGAAGACCUGAAGCCGGAGUUAUUACAGUUCCAAAAUCUUUAGAUUGCCUGCCUCACUCAGCUCUAUGAAUGGAACAGCGCAAAUCUGUUAAAGAGCAUCCGUGACCCAAGAAGGACGUGGCAAGAAACUGUAGCAGUACCUCUAUGAGUCGGUGGAACAAAAAGAGAAUUCACUUUCAAUAUCGUUGCACUUCAAAUGGCAGAUAAUCAAACCUGCUGUACAUUAUCAUUAUUUACGCGGAAGUAUCAGGCUCCUGUGAUUCAAAGCACUUUUUGUAAUUCUGUUUUUUUAUCGACACAUUAUUUUUAACACAAAGUUGUAAAUAAUUUAUUCCACUUUAGUACUUUUGUUUGUGUAUUAUUUAUGCUAGAAACUGGAGUAAACACUUUAACAGUGCCUUCUUGUCUUACAAAGUAUUGCAGUAUUGUUUAAAAAGUGUUUUAGUUUGAAGUAUUUUUAGAAAUCUUGUGGCCAUAUGUUUACAUGUUGUUAAUGGGUUGUCUUAUUAGGACAGAACUAUAACAAGAGUGAUUCAAGAGGCAUACAAUGUGGUUAAUUCAGUUUGAGACUGAGGUGGUCUCUGAUAAAGAUACAAUCAGAUACA